CCCCCCCCGCUUCCUCUGCUCGGGUGCUCCUCCGGCCUGACUUCCCCUUUCUCCCACCUUUCCCGGCACCGCGGGAAAAGCAGCGCAGGGCAGAGCAGGCAGGGAGGGCGGCCGGAGCCCGGACACGGGAGCCUCCCAGUCAGUUCAAGACCCGACAUGAGGGAGAAGGGCCGUAGGAAGAAGGGCAGGACCUGGGCGGAGGCCGCCAAGACGGUCUUAGAAAAAUACCCCAAUACACCCAUGAGUCAUAAAGAAAUUCUUCAAGUUAUCCAGAGAGAAGGACUAAAAGAAAUCAGAAGUGGGACUUCCCCUCUUGCAUGCCUGAACGCAAUGCUGCACACAAACUCCCGAGGUGAAGAGGGCAUCUUCUAUAAGGUUCCAGGCAGAAUGGGAGUAUAUACUUUGAAGAAAGAUGUGCCGGAUGGGGUGAAAGAGCUCUCGGAAGGUUCAGAAGAAAGCAGUGAUGGCCAGUCAGAUUCCCAGAGUUCGGAGAACAGCAGCAGCAGCAGUGAUGGCAGCAACAAGGAGGGGAAAAAGAACAGGUGGAAAAGGAAAGUAUCAUCUAGACUGUCACAGCCAUCCUCUCCCCAGUCAGGUUGCCCAUCACCCACAAUUCCAGCAGGUAAAGUCAUAUCUCCAUCACAGAAGCACAGCAAGAAGGCACUAAAGCAGGCUCUGAAGCAGCAGCAGCAGCGGAAGCAGCAGCAGCAAUGCCGGCCAAGUAUGGCCCUCUCCUCCAGUCAGCAUCUCUCUCUGAAGGCUGUCAAAGCUGCCAGUGACUCUGUGACUGCCAAAUCUGCAGUAUGGGAAGGAAAGCAAUCAGAUGGACAGUCAAGCAGCUCCCAGAACUCAAACUCUAGCUUUUCUUCUUCAGUUAAAGUGGAAAACCCUUUGUUAGGCUUGGGGAAGAAGUCAUUCCAAAGGUCUGACAGACUCCACACAAGGCAAAUGAAAAGGACUAAAUGUGCUGAAAUUGAUGUUGAGACACCAGACUCCAUUCUGGUUAAUACAAAUCUUCGAGCACUGAUCAACAAACACACUUUUUCAGUCCUUCCUGGAGAUUGCCAACAGCGACUGCUUUUGCUUCUUCCAGAGGUGGAUCGACAGGUUGGUCCAGAUGGUCUGAUGAAGCUAAAUGGUUCAGCCCUUAACAAUGAGUUCUUCACUUCAGCAGCCCAAGGCUGGAAGGAAAGACUCUCAGAAGGUGAGUUUACACCUGAGAUGCAGGUGAGAAUUCGACAAGAAAUUGAGAAGGAGAAAAAAGUAGAGCCAUGGAAAGAGCAAUUCUUUGAAAGCUACUAUGGUCAGAGUUCUGGCCUGAGCCUAGAGGAUUCAAAGAAAUUGACAGCUUCACCCAGCGAUCCCAAAAUAAAGAGACCCUCAGCCGAGCAACCAAAAUCCAUGCUUCCUUCAGAGGCCUCUCCUGUCAGUAUAAUCCCUGUAAUUCCCCAGGUAGAAUCUAAAGAAGAAGUAGUGCAUAUGCCAUCACCAGUCAGAAAAGAAGAGCAUGAAAGCCAAGAUAAGGUGCAGCCAAACCCUGAGUCCACAGAGCCCCUUCUUUUCUCUCCCAGCGAUACAAAUGAGCUUAGCAGCAUUCUUCCCAUCAAGUGCCCAAAGGAUGAAGAUGCCUCGGGGCAGAAGCCAGUUGCCUCUGCUGAACAGGAAUCUGAGAAAGAGAAUCAUCUCACUACAGCAUCUAAUUAUAACAAAAAUGAAAGCCAAGAGGCUUUAGUUAAGUCUCCAAGCAAACCCAAGAGUCCUGGAGUAGAGAAACCAAUAAUGAAGCCCGUAAUAGAAGCAGGUCCGCAGGAGGCCACUAUGAAAGAGCCUUCAUCAACUCUGGUCGAUCAUAGCCCAGAAAGCCUCAAGAGGAAAUCUCUCACCCAAGAAGAGGCCCCUACAAGCUGGGAGAAAAGGCCGCGUGUCACUGAGAAUCGCCAGCACCAGCAGCCAUUUCAAGUCUCUCCACAGCCCUUUCUUAAUAGAGGGGACAGGAUCCAAGUGCGAAAAGUACCACCUCUCAAGAUCCCGGUCUCCAGAAUCUCCCCCAUGCUGUUUCCUACAUCGCAGGUCUCUCCCAGGGCUCGUUUUCCAGUCUCCAUCACUAGUCCUAACAGAACAGGAGCCAGAACUCUUGCCGACAUCAAAGCAAAAGCCCAGCUGGUCAAAGCACAGAGGGCAGCAGCCGCCGCUGCCGCCGCCGCUGCUGCAGCCGCCUCAGUUGGAGGGACCAUCCCAGGACCUGGCCCCGGGGGUGGACAAGGCCCAGGAGAGGGCGGUGAAAGGAAAACCGCCAGAGGAGGGAAUCCAGACUCAGACAGAGUCAGAGAACCUGGAAAGGGCCCCACACUGGAACUGGCAGGAACUGGAAGCAGGGGAGGUCCGAGAGAGCUUUUACCCUGUGGUUCAGAGACUCAGCCCCAAUCUGAGACCAAGACCCCAGGCCAGCCACAGCCUCUUAGUGUCUCUGGAGCACAACUACAGCAAACCUCCUCAGUGCCUCCGUCUGCCAUCAGUGGAGCAUGCACACGUGUCCCAUCACUAGCUCACACUGACCCACCCACGCCGACGUUAGGGAAACUGAAUAUUGAGAAACUGAAUGCCGCCAGGGCAGCAGCCGCAGGGGCCUCUCUGAGCCACCCACCAGGGCCCAGUCACUGCAGGCAGGAGAAGCUACCUUCCGCUCCAGCGGGUCCUGCUCUAAUCUCAGAUGCCACACCUGUUCAUUUUGCAGCUGAUGGCACAGUUGAGCCCAAAGCAGGUUGUAGUAAGAAUACAGCAAACACUUCAGCCUCAGCAGAGACAACUGCCAGGGCUUCAGUGGAUAUGACCUCCUCCCCUUUAACAUCUUUAUUAAUAGCAGCCACUUUAGAAAAGCUUUCCAUACCCCAGGUUAGUGGAACUGUAGCACCUUCCGGACCAGUUCUAUCCUCAAGCACUUUGCCAGCAAUUUCUAGCCUUAAAACUCCAGGAACUUCUUCACACAUGAAUGGACCCAUUUCGCGGCCAAGCUCAAGUAUCCCUGCUAAUAACCCUCUGGUCACUCAGCUGCUCCAGGGCAAAGAUGUUCCCAUGGAGCAGAUUCUGCCGAAACCUCUCACCAAAGCUGAAAUGAAAACUGUUCCUCUGACUGCAAAAGAGGAAAUAGGGAUGGGAGCACCCACAGGCGCCAGCAAAACAGAGCAUGGCGCCAGAGAGGAAGUUCAUGAGAGGCCUUCUCAUCCAGCUACACAGCAACUGGGUCAAACCUUGCAAAGUAAGCAUCUCUCCCAGGUCCCCAGGCCCCUUCAGCUCUUUUCAGGGAAGGAUCUGAGGGACUCCAUCAUUGACCCACACCAAGAAGGACUAAGUAAAGCACCCCAAGAUCAGGUCCUUCAGACUCUCAUCCAGAGGGUUCAUAUCCAGAGGCAUAAUGUUCUCUCAUUUGUGCAGCCCGCCCAGUUCAGCUUCACUCACUCAGGUUUCCAGGUAGAAGACAUCUCCACAAGCCAGCGGUUCAUGCUGGGCUUUGCUGGCAGAAGGACUUCGAAGCCUGCAAUGGCAGGUCACUACUUACUUAACAUUUCCACCUAUGGCCGGGGUUCAGAGAGCUUUAGGAGGACCCAUUCUGUAAACCCUGAGGAUCGUUUUUGUCUCAGUAGUCCCACUGAAGCCUUGAAAAUGGGAUAUACAGACUGUAAAAAUGAAACGGGAGACAAUAGCAGUGACAAAGAAGAUACUGAUGAGGAGAGUACUGCUGAUGAAGAAGAAUCGGCCAUGGUGAAGGAGGAGCCCCAGGCUUCCCAGAGUUCUGGCAAGUGUGAAGCAAGUUCAGGACCCCACAGUAGAGAAGCCCUAUCCACUGAUUGUUUAGCUAAAAAGAAUGUGAAGGUAGAGACACCAGUGCAAACCGCUUUAAAUAAGGAGAAUUAUCUGUUCACUAGAGGCCAAACAUUUGAUGAAAAGACCCUAGCCAGAGAUCUUAUUCAGGCAGCGCAGCAGCAGAUGGCUCAUGCAGUGAGAGGGAAGGCAAUGCAGAGCAGCCCUGAGGUUUUCAGUGCCACUGCUCUUCCUCCACCUGCAGACAGUCCCACUCCUCAGCCUCUCCUCCUUCCACCACUGCAAACCCCAAAGCUGUAUGGGAGCCCCACACAGAUUGGGCCCAGCUACAGAGGCAUGAUCAAUGUCUCCACCUCGUCUGACAUGGACCAUACCUCUGCUGUACCAGGGAUGCCUGACUGUGGCCCCGUAUCUAGCAAUGUAGGUGAUGUCAUGUCCUUCUCAGUGACUGUCACUACCAUCCCUGCUGGCCAAGCCAUGAAUCCCAGCAGCCAUGGCCAGACCAUUCCUGUUCAGGCAUUUCCUGAAGACAACAGCAUAGAGGACACGCCUUCGAAAUGUUACUGCCGAUUGAAAGCCAUGAUCAUGUGCAAGGGGUGUGGAGCCUUCUGCCAUGAUGACUGCAUUGGCCCCUCCAAACUGUGUGUCUCCUGCCUUGUUGUUCGGUAACAAGACCAGAAAGAACACACUGUAAAGGAGGCAGAAGGGAAGGGUUGGCAGGCUGGUUUUUUUGUGUCCUUUUGGAAUCACAGAAAUAAACAAGUAGAUUUCAGUUGUCAAGAGACAAAUGUUACUUAAUCAGGUAUACAGAGUACAGAUCUUACAUUUUAGAGGAAGAGCACCUUUAUAGUCUAAGUCAACAAGACUUUGUGAAUUUGUGACAAGUUUGCACUUACAAAAUCAUGUAAAUAUGUCACAUUUUGUUUUAACAUUACUUUUCCAAGUGUUUAGGUAAUAAUGUAUUACUUUUAAUUCAAAUUUAUGGUCUGCUUCAUGUGACUCUAAGUUUAAUGCCAUGCAUGGUGAAAGGAAGCUUGUCUGCCUUCUGUCCUUUCCUAAGAGGCUGGGAAGAGGAAGGAGUGAACAAAAUGGUCUGGAGAAAUGAUGUUUCAUGCUGAUUAUGUCUUAACCAUCUGCCUAUAGGUUUUAUGUGGAUUAUUCAGCCUUUCCAGAAUAUGGAUUCAGGGUUUACUAAGUCCCUUUACUUUAGAUGGAAUCUUAAGUUCAAAUUUUUGAUAAGGUAUUCAUUUCACAGCUAGUGCUUCAGACUCCGAAAGCUCUUGACUUGGUUCUUGGCUUCCAUAAGCCAAUACUAUUGCCAAGCACACUGUGUGCAAUUUGUGGGUCCCUGCUGUUCCCUAAUCCUAUUCACCUGCCCUGAGAUAGUGAAGGUGGUCCAGGAAGAGUGUGCCUCUCUGGCCCCCGGUGUUACCAUAGCCUGGGCAGGGCCACAGCUCCAGCAGUAACCCAAGUACUUAGUCAUGGGAGCCUGCAACAGGUUUGAAAUACUAGUAUUAAAUGAACAGAAAAGUGUUAGUGCUGGGCUAAUUUGAAUUAUGUGUUUUGUUGGUCAAGGGGAGUAAAGGUGUAGAAACAACGAAGAUAUUUGGGAAAGAUUUUUAACAUUAGAAACAAGGUAGCCUCUUUCUUUUCUUCAGCACAUCACCCAAUGCUCCGUCGUCAGCUGUUGCUGCGGGUAGAACAGCUCAGGAGCGCCACAGUUGCUCAUUCUGGUAAACCUGUUUUGACCUCCCAGGCAUCUGAGGAGUAUGGAUGAUAUGUUACUUUGAAGACAUGUAUGCACUCACACAUACAAUAAAAGGCAGACACUUUUCCUGUUUUAGAAAAUAUGUCCCCUGUUUUGGAUUUCUGCUGUCUAUGCACUAGAAGUUUUUAAUGUGAAGGGGCUUCAGUAAAUGGCUAGGGAAACAUCUAGAAAGGAGAGAAGUUACCUCUAAAGCUUUGUUGUUUGUUUUUAUUCUUUUUUGUGUGUCCUUGUUGUGUUUUUAAUCCUGUAUUUAGCAACUAAAGAAUUUUCAAGUACAUAUAUUUAGGUCAUGGUUAAAGAACAUUAAAAUAAGCUGACCAUUUACCAGAAUUUGAUAUUUUAAAAUGGAGUAUUGUCGACGUGCAUCAUUUGCAUAUUGAUUUCAAGUUUUCUAAUUCCAAGUGUGUAAAGUAAAAAUACUAUAACUAGUACAGUUGUAGUUGUACUUAAUAUUCAGGAUGUGGUAUUUAUAACAUGCAGAACAGUGUAUACUUGUUAAUCAAGUCACAUUCCAGAUUAGGAGAAAGUAGCAGUAAUAAUCUUUGCUUUGCUUCCAUUCUGCUACCCAAUCUUCCCCUCCCUCCAUGUUAUACAUUCUUAAUAUUUUCAAACUCCCUAAGAGACUCAUUACUUCACUUUUUUGCUUCUGUUUUUUGUGUGGUCCAAGGCAAAUAGAGGACUAAUAUCUAUGUUCUUGUUGCAGCCAAGACAAUAUGUCAUUCUAACUUCCCUUUUUCUUCCAGCACACAUAUAGCUAAGAGAAAUGAAAGCUGCAAGUAUCCAGGGAUAAGGUUUAAGUUCUCCAGCUAAGAACCAGCAACAAACAGAAACCGUGGUUCUGUUCCCAAACUUCUCAGUACCCUGGGAAAUUCAGGGGGAACUUGGAAAGACCUAAAGCUGGUUAGAACUUCCAUUGCCCAGCUUCUGCACUCCCCAUUUGAGUGGCAGACUGAAAGUUGGUCUGCAUGCUGGAAGUUGCUGAGAGUUUAGAACUGACGAAUUAGUUACCAAUUGGGGUUGAUUAAUGUGGCUUUUCUUCUUCGAAACUUUCCUGAAAUAGAAAAUAUCUGCUCUGUGGUUCCUUUAAGCUGAGGAUGGAUAGACUAACCAGGAAAGGAGGAAAGGAUCAGGGAUUUUCAAGUUCAUUUAGAGAGCAAACCAUAUCGUGCCUCUUAAUCUUGACCCAUGCUCUUGCAGAUGGUCCUAAAAUUUACUGUUCACAAGAUUUUCUUCAGAAGUAAUACAAUACCCAACUAAUAAAAUACCUGCACUUACUACUGCCCCUAAAACAGAAAUUGUCAACUAGGUACACUGCCUCAAUAUUGACCAAAAGAGAGAAUAGUUAGGUUUUCUUAGCUUGGUAGUAAACUGAAUACAACCCAUAAAUCAGUUUGUUUGAAAACAUUGGUUUCAAGUUGAAAGCCAUGAACUGAAUAGAGGAGAAAAUUAUGAUCUUGAAAAUAAGGCAGAAGGAACAAGAAAAUCAUUAAAUUAUUGAAGUGUGGCAUGGCACUCCAGUACCUUUAAAGCAAUUUUUAUUUUAGGUUUUCAGAAUUACUUUACCAUUCAAUUCAACCUAGUAAGUGCUAAGCUUAUUUUUCUGAUAUUAAGUUGCACUGUUUCGAGUGACUAGUCAGGCCUUAUGCCUGAUGCUUAUUAUGCCUCCAGGGUGUGCUUCCGACACCUCCCACUGCAGGUCACCUUGGAGCAAGCACUAACAGUAUGUCAUCUCAGUCUCGCUUAUGAAUAUUGAGUCAUCUAGUAAAGAGGCUCCCGGAGUCUUAAAGAAUUUUGACUAAAAUUCUCUAUCCUAUUAAAUAGAGAAUAAAGCCAAAUAACCUGGCGUGUUUGCUCUGCUUUUAUUCCUUAACUCCUGUGCUCAAGAUACUAAAGCUGUCUGUGGUAUCCCAUGUCACAUUUUAAAGAAUCAGACCUGACAAAUGGGGAUUUUUACUUGGGGUAGGAGAAGCAUACUUGCAUGGGCUGGGAAGGCACACAGAUGGAGUUGUUUUAGGAAGUUAUCUCAUUUAAAUAAGCCAAAGGAAGACCUCAUUGCCUUCCAGGUGAAGGAGUAAAUCAUACAUAUUAAUGACCUGAUAGUCAUCAUCCUAAUUGCUUAUUAUUGCCAUUCUCUGCCUUAGAGUCCUUUAAAAAACUCUUGGGUGAAAUGAUUUGUUGUAAUUAGGGGAUCUUCUCUGGUCAUUACACUGCUAUUUAUUUCUAGAACUCACUGUCAGUGAGCAGUGUGAGGAUUGUUCUCUGUAACCUAGAGGUUCGAUUUCACGACAAGGAGGGAGUCUCCCCAUUGCAUUACAGCAAUGUGCUGAGUAAAAACUUGGCCAAGAGUAGUUUUUAGCUCAGUUUAUAGACAAGUCCAAAGAGACUGAGAAACAUGAUGGGCAGAGAUCUUCCCUGCCAUGUUUCAAUACCUACAUACCUAUUGAAAGGAAAACAAUAGGUAAAAACAUUUCCUAAAGUUGAAGAGCCGCAUAGAUUAUUGGUUACUUUAUUUUUAUUAAUGCUUUACAUUUGAUACAACUAUUAAAGAUCAAUUUUAAAAAUAGCUUUCCAAUAAUAUAUUUUAAGUAAUAUAUAUUUUAAUAUCUAUGUAAAAGUGGAAGACUGAAGUUCUCAUAUAUGGGAUGUGUAAUGUAGGACCUCACUGUUACGGCACAAUUUCAUAGGAAGUUAUUCUAAA